AUGCCGAACAAAAUCUCUUUCAUUGUUGCAUGUCCUGUCGAGAGAUGCCACGAUCCAGUUGUGGUUGGCAAGGGUAGGAAGCUCUGUUCAUUAAAGGGUAACGAUCUACACAGCUUUGCAAGUUUGCGUCACAAAAGACUAUCAUCUGGUCUUGACAGAAAUGGGGGCGCGGAGCAACUUUUGCCAAGGGCACCUGAGAUCCUCCUUCAGAAGCUGAAACCGAAGCAGGUGGGGGUAAAGAAAAAAAAAGCUAGAGUGAGUAGAAAAGAACGGUAUGCAGUACCAAGCGACGACGAGGAGCCAAUGGGUACCGAUACUGAAAUGGAGUCGUCACCUACGCUGCUUGCACAACCGUCAAAAGCUGGUUGGCUGGACCUUGUUUUGCUGCCAAGGUUUCAUACAUACUGUCAAAAGAUGCGCAUGCACUACAAAACGUUCCAUAUGGGUCAUAAGCUGCCAAGUGGUUGCGAGGCAGAAUCCCUAACGAGGAUGAGGACCAACGUCGACAUGUGGAAUACUAGUCAUCCUGACAGACAGAUUAAAAUCUCUGUCUUCCAGCAAAAUUACAAGGAUGUUUGCUCUGAACAGCUGUUGGAUGAGAUGAAAUACUUUGUUUUGGACGACAUGCAGAAGGACAAUUUGUGGCAGCGGAUUAUUGAAGACUACGAUGAGAAAGCAAAAAAAGAAGUAGUUGAUGGACACUAA